UCAUCAUUUACUGUGUAAAUUCGGAGACCUCAGUUCGGCAGACACUCCACGUGUGGUUAGCAAGUCUAUUGCAUUUGGUGUUGUUGUAACGUUUUCUUCAGGUUUUGAGAAAAUGGCGAAGAGUUUACGCAGCAAAUGGAAGCGUAAGAUGCGCAACAUUAAGCGAGAGAAGUACGCUGUGAAGGAGACAGAUCGUCUCAAGCGUAUCUCCAACCUUGCCAAGCAGCAGAAUGAUGAGCUUAAAGAAUUGUAUGAAGUUAAAAAGGCUGGUGACAUCAUGAAAGACAAGUCCAAAUCUGAUGGUGGUGAUGAAAUGGAUGUAGACAAGCAACAGAAGAAGUUCAACCCAACGACACUGAAGGACGAGCAUGGCAGCUAUCCUGCGUGGAUGAAUCAACGCGCCAUCAAGCGGCUUAAGAAGAAACAGGUCAGCAAGAAAAAGAAGAAAGGAGGGAAGAAAUAAACUUGUGUACCAUGUAAAUACUGUAAAUAAAUGCUUGUAUAUCUUCA